GUACCAUCUUCAUGUUCUAGAGUCGUCUCACUUGAUACCCUCUUUUGUCUUCAUGUCGAAUUCACGCAUGCCAUCCUCGAGCAAGGACGUCUCUAGGACUCAAUCAGAGACAAUCUUGGAACCGCCACAGUCCAAAGGGAAACAUCGCUCCGGGCCUAGGCGCAAAUCGAAAGCAAGUCCGUCUAAUGAGCGUGAGGAGACUCGAUCAUCUGCCGGCGGACCGAGGCAAGCUUCGCAGAAGAAGGGGAAAAUGACGUCCGAGAAGCCCAAGGACAUCUUCAAAGAGGCUGACUUUAUCGCGUUUGACUUUUCUGAUGAGGAAGAAUCUGUAGAAGAAUCAAAGGCCGCUGUGAGAAAGUGGGAUAAAGGCAAGGAGAAGGCAAGAGAGGUUGAGGAUAUCCACCCUGGUAGAAAGAGGAAGGCGGAGGAGUUCGACCGCAAUGACCCAUAUGCGAAUAGGAAGCAGCGCUUUGCAGCCCCAUCGCGCCGAGCGCCAUGGGCAACCGAUGUUGACUGGGAUAGCUGCACGAAUGUAGCUGAUAUGCUUCAUCGCGAUGUGGAGGCCUACGUGAAGUACAUAUCACCGACACCAGAAGAGGACGAAAUCCGAUCAUUGGUGGUGACUCUAAUAGCCCGCUCUGUCACUCAAGCAUUCCCAGAUGCACAAAUAGUUCCAUUUGGAAGCUACGAGACGAAGAUGUAUCUGCCACAAGGGGAUAUUGAUCUGGUGAUUCAUUCACAGUCCAUGGCUUAUAGCAACAAGGAGACUGUGUUGCACGCCCUGGCAAAUACCAUGAAACGCUCUGAGAUUACUGAAAGAGUCAACAUCAUUGCGAGAGCCAAGGUGCCGAUCAUCAAAUUCGUUACGCAUUAUGGACGAUUCUCGGUGGACAUAAGCAUAAAUCAGGGCAACGGUGUUUCCGCAGGAAAGAUGAUCAAACAAUUUCUUGCGGAGAUGCCGGCGCUGCGAAGCCUUGUGCUCGUCAUCAAGUCAUUUUUAGCCCAGCGUAGUAUGAACGAGGUCUUCAGCGGGGGCUUGGGGAGCUACAGCAUUGUGUGCAUGGCGAUUAGCUUUCUACAGAUGCAUCCCAAAAUCCGUCGAGGCGAGAUAGAUCCGUUGAAGAAUCUGGGCGUCCUCGUGAUGGAAUUUUUCGAACUUUAUGGGUACUAUUUCAACUAUCAAGAAGUCGGGAUCUCCAUUCGUGACGGUGGCUCGUACUACAACAAGACAGAGAGGGGGUGGUUUGAUAGAACCAGGCCGAAGUUGCUCUCAGUAGAAGAUCCCGGAGACCCGUCAAAUGAUGUCUCCAGAGGAUCAUAUAGCAUGUUCAGAGUCCGGACGACUCUCGCUGGAGCUCAUAGUAUCAUGACUGCUGCUGCCUACAUGAGGGCGGGAGUAAUAAGCGCUAAGCGUUCCGGUCGAUUCGUUCAAUUACGUGACACUGUCAAUCCCGAGGAGUUCAGCAUCCUUGCGAGUGUUAUGGGUGUUACACAGGAGACAAUAAACCAUCGUCGGCUUGUCCAGGAACUCUACGAUAGCAGAGCAUUACAUCGCCUACUCGGUGUCAAUGCUUCUGCCGAUAUAGCUGGAAUAAAGGCGCGUCCUACGCCGAAUAGUGAGGUGCAGCGGCCACGCCAGGAAGACAUCGACACAGCAUUGGGAGAAGCGGAUAUGGAAGAGGGAUCCACUGAUAACGAGGACGGGAAGAUCAUUACCGAGGAGGGAAGCCGAUAUAAGAUCGAAGACCGACGACAGCCGCCUCGAAAACGGCGGAAAAUGGGGAGGGAAGAGGACAUGCAUACUGUGUUCACGACCGACGACGAGGAUGGAGAGAUCCGGCAUGAGUACGAAGAGUAUGCACUUGAAGGGCUCGAAGACGGUGAAGAGGAAGAGGAUGCUGCCGCCCUCGCGGACACAAAGUAUAGUAUGGAGAGCAGUGCGAAGAGCAAGAACCGGAGAGAUUUCUGGUUAUCGAAAGGUUCCCAAGGAGUAGCUAGUGAUAGUAGCGAUGACUGAGUGUCAUGGCUUGGCCAAUGUCUUGCACUUCGCAGUGUGUGAGGAUUAAGGAACAUUGUUGUGACGAUGGCAA